UCCACUGCUGUCGAGUAUAAACUAUCCACCUACUACUUCUACAUAUAAAUCCUGCCACUGUUAAUUCCAAUCCGUUUGGUAGAUUAGACAGGUUACCUACAUAAUUGCAUGCCGCCAGCAAGGGUUAGCUGUGACCCUUGAUGCCAACUAAUUCUCUACAGCGGUGCUUUCAUAUUGCUUCCUCAUCUUUCUAAUAUAAUCCCCUAACAACCCUCUCACUCGACUGGGCGAGGGGGCCUCAAAGGGGGCCGUUGCAUGAGGAAGAAAGAAGGUCUUAUAUCCAUACCGCGUCAUCUCGUCCUAGGCGUUGGGUUGACCUAUUUAUGUAGCGACUACUGCCUGUCAUCUCUCGUCUCUUCUCUCGCCCUCCACCCACCUACCUAUCUACCUAUUUCCCUACCUACCUAAUCUACCUCUGCUUCUUUCUUCUCCCCCUCCAAACCAUACCCGCCUCGGAUCGCCGAAUUCCGGGAAAUGAGUGUCGUCCUCGUCUGCUACGCCUACCUACUCCAUGAACGUUCGCGACCCGUUUGGCCUCCAUCGAAAGAGCGCUCUCUCUAUCUUUAGAACUACCGCCUCGCGUGCUGCCAUCGACCUCACCGAACGCGCCGUUGAGGCAAGCGUUAAUGCCAUUGAGAAGAGUAAACAAGUUGCCGACAACUUUGACAUGUCCUUCGCCGUCCCUAAAAAUGUCCCCUCGUUUGGAAACCCGCAGAGGAUAGUGGAGGAUCGCGUCUGGGGAAAUAGUGCGGUUACGUCGCGAGGGGGAAGGGGUCCGUCGCAACCAGCCAAGAACUCGGGUAUGUUCGGGGAGGUCCAGGGUCGAGUCGGUAACCUAUUCGAUAAUCGCGAGGGCCUUCCCAUGUACAAGGACAAGCCGUACGCGUACCCGGCCUCGCAACGGGUUAGACCCAUCUGGCGGAGAAAACGCACGCUCCUCACUGCCCUGGUACUACUUUCGCUGCUGUACUAUUUCGGCGUCUUCUCUCAGCGCCGGGACACCGCGGUUUCCCCCAAGCCCGUGUGGGGUUGGCUUCACUCCAGUCCGGAAUCAUCAAAGACGGCUGACUGGCUUAAGAGGAGGGAGCGUGUUGUCGAGGCCUUCACUCUGAGUUGGGAUGCCUAUGAACGAUACGCCUGGGGCUACGACGUGUUCCAUCCCAUCUCUAAGAAGGGUGAGCAGAUGACUCCGAAGGGGAUGGGCUGGAUUAUCGUCGACGCGCUGGACACCAUGAUCCUGAUGAACCUGACCUCGAGAGUCGCGCACGCGAGGGAAUGGAUCUCGGCUUCCUUGACCUACGACCAGGACCAGGACGUCAGCACUUUCGAGACGACGAUCCGUAUGCUAGGGGGCCUUCUCUCGGCCCAUUACCUCUCUAGCCAGUUCCCGGAGAUGGCGCCGCUGGCCGAGGACGACCCAGGCGCAGCGGGAGAGGAUCUUUACUUGGAGAAGGCGAAAGAUCUCGCUGAUCGGCUUGUAACGGCCUUUGACAGUCCCUCUGGGGUUCCCUACGCUAGUGUGAACAUCGGCAAGUACGAGGCCCUGCCAGCUCAUGACGAGGGUGGCGCGUCGUCUACUGCCGAGACCACCACCCUGCAGCUGGAAUUCAAAUAUAUUGCCAAACUGACGGGCGAAAAAUAUUUCUGGGACAAGGCCGAGAAGGUGAUGGAAGUGGUUGACAAUAAUGGCGUCCAAGACGGCCUAGUCCCCAUAUAUAUACACGCCACCGACGGCACCUUCAGGGGUCAUAACAUACGGCUAGGAAGCCGGGGGGACUCGUAUUACGAGUACCUUAUCAAGCAAUACCUACAGACCAACAAGCAGGAAUCCGUCUAUCUAGAGAUGUGGAACGAGUCCUUGCGGGGAGUGCGCAAGCAUCUUGUCACCUAUACGGAACCGUCUGGAUUUACGAUCAUCGGAGAGCGGCCGAACGGUCUACAGGGUUCUCUAUCGCCCAAGAUGGACCACCUGGUCUGUUUCAUGCCCGGGACGAUCGCGCUGUCGGUGACCGGCGGGCUGACGGAAGCAGAAGCCAAGAAGCGGUCGACGUGGACGAAGCAGAACGAAGCGGAUAUGCAGCUGGCGAGGGAAUUGAUGCAGACAUGCUGGGCCACGUACAAGUGGAUGGCUACCGGGCUGGCGGCCGAAAUCACGUACUUCAACAUCGCAAACCCUCCCCUGGCCGAAUCUGCCCCCCACCGUCGGCCGACGGACAACUUGGACGGGGAUGCUCAGGCGGAGUGGCGGAAGGAUAUCACAGUCCACGCCAUGGACGCCCACAAUCUGCAGCGACCGGAGACGGUGGAGAGCCUGUUCUACAUGUGGAGGAUUACAGGCGACAUCAAGUACCGGGAAUGGGGCUGGGAGAUGUUCAAAUCGUUCAUGAACUACACGGCCGUGCAGGACGGCGGGGGCUUUUCGAGCUUGUCGGACGCUAACGUGGUCCCGCCGGUGAUGCGGGACAACAUGGAAAGCUUUUGGCUGGCCGAGACGUUGAAAUACAUGUACCUCCUCUUCUCGCCGAACGAUCUCCUCCCCCUGGACAAGAUCGUUAUCAACACGGAAGCACACCCGUUUCCGCGGUUCGACAUGGGGCAACUCUUUUCGACGGGAUGGAAGCGGAAACCCCGAGACGCCGAGGGGAAGAUUAUCAAAUGAGACACGUGACGGAUGCGCGGGACCCGACUUAUGCAGGGACGAGUUAGAUGCGAGGAGAAAAAAAGUUUCUUAAAAAGGGCGGUAGAGGGCGUGCAUUGGUGAGAGGGCGUCGUGGGCGCAAUGGUGCCAGGGCAAAAGGGGGAGUAGGGUGGCUUCCAACGGGACCUCUCUCACCCAGGUAUAUACAAUAGGGCAUGGCGUGGUUGGAUAUGUACAAACUCUGACAAGGACGACGACGACGACGGGUACGGGGAAUGUGCUCUCCAACGCUCCCGGCCUGGGCAGUUGAUAUAUAUAGGCGAUAAGCGGCAUCCAGGAUGGAUAGACGCGGACGCCGAAGAAGGUGAAAAAAAAAGGUGGUGGUAUACUACGUUAGGUAGUAUACAGAGGUAUUACUACCUUGGCUGAUGAGGAGGUGCCUCCAUUGACGCAUAUGCAUAUAUGUGCAUGGGUGUAUGCAUGUACCUAUGUAGAAGGCCCCCACGCCAUUGGAUGAUGUCUGAGCUUGCGGGGGGGAGGGGGGGGACGGGGGCGACGAAGCUGGC